GAUGUCAAAUAGAAGAAACCUGCUCUGGCACGUCCGGUCCAUACACGUGCUGCCUCAGAAGAAAUGACUAUGCUAUGGAGAAUGCAGGAUCAAGGACGAUAUACCAGAAGAUAAUUUUUAAUAUGCGGAGGAAAAGAAGAGGCAACCACAGUGAACCACUGGGUACAAAUAAGUUGGUUAAAAAAACAAAAUGGAGCGAUACAAUGCAAGAAUGUCAAAACACUCAGAUCUCUGAAAACAGGAGCACUGAUGCAGCCAAACCCGGACACUCUGUCGUUGUUCCGAAUACUGCUGACCACCACAGAUUAGUCACAGCCCUCAAAGACAGCUGGGAGGUGGACAGCGGCUUCUCCGAGGCCAGUCCUCCAGCCAGCGGUCGGAGCUCACCGUGCCUUAGCUCAUGCCCAACCACACUGGUGGCGUUGGACUGUGAGAUGGUUGGGACGGGACCUGGCGGACGCUGCAGUGAACUGGCCCGCUGCAGCAUCCUGGACUAUCACGGCAACGUCCUGUAUGACAAAUACAUCCAGCCGUGUCAGCCCGUCACAGACUACAGGACGCCCUGGAGCGGCAUCCAGAGGCGGCAUCUGAGCAACGCUACACCCUUUGUUCAGGCCAGGGAGGAGAUCAUGAGCAUACUUGAGGGCAAAGUGGUCGUGGGCCAUUCCAUCUACAACGACUUUGAGGUGAUGGACAUACUCCACCCAUGUCACAUGGUCAGGGACACGUGUACUACACGUCUCCUCAGCCGGUUGGCCGGUUUCCCCCGAAAACGCCACCCUUCACUCAAAAUUCUGGCCGGUAAGCUGCUAAACAAGAAGAUACAGGUUGGGGGGAGAGGUCACUGUUCGGUGGAGGACGCUCUGGCCUCACUGGACCUCUACAAGCUGGUGGAGGGCGAGUGGGAGCGGGAGCUGCAGAACAAUCUGAGGGACAACAAUGCUCCGCACGAGCCCAGCUUCGCCUCCUCUAACCACUACAUGAAAGACGAGUACUGGCCUGAUGUUGUCACAGCUGACAGCCAAUGACCAAAGGGUAUUCAUGCGACAAUUAGUGGGAAACGCCAAGGUCCAGUUAGGUGGUGAUGUUAUUGUCAAAUCUGGGAGAUAAAAUUAUCCUCAUUAAGUCUCAUAUGAGAAGAUGGGUGGGAAAACUAUUGAUUGAAAGCAAACACUUGUUAACUUAUUAUCGUUGGGCAUGUUAAACAUGGUUGAUUAUCCCAACAGCAUGUUUCUGCUGUGAUACCAGUUAUUUGCUUGCAGAGUUGUUGAUAUUACCGUGUGAGGGAAAUAUUUAACUUAACAGGGCAUGAGACUAAUCUUAGGCCACAGAUAGGUUUUGGAAAAUAACUGUAUUUUUCAGUUUGUUUGUAUUUUCUCGAAAUACCUCUGUUCACAACAUGUGAACAUCUCGUGAUGUGGGGAUAUGGGAAACUGUACAAGCCGCAGCUCUUAAGAUGUUUUAUCACUUUCAUUUCAAAAGGAAAACACAUUUACAAAAAAAAGUGUUGGAAGUUACCUCAUUGUUCCUGCUCCUAAAGGUCCUAAUAA